CGGUCGCGCGCGCGUCCCUCACUAGAAACCGUUCCCGGUCGGUCUGCCAUCAACGUCGUCGACGCCGCCGUCCCUUCGUGACAUUUUUGGAACACGACUCGCAGACGACUCCGAAUCCGGGGCUCCGGUUGCCGACCAACCGAAGGGCUCGUCACCGCGACAAUCCGAAUACGAUCGGUCGUACUGCAGCAGCCGCGGCGAGACAUGGUACCCGGUAUCCGGCACUGUUUGCGCGCGAAAACCACCACCGCGCGGCUCGUGGUUCCUUCCUUCGCGGCCCAGUUCCCGUCGUCGUAACAACCGGUCCUACGUACGCGGUACGUGCCCGGCACUUGCACGGGUUCGCAGUCGGCGGGUUUCUACGUGCGGCACUUGCGCGUACUACGUUGCGCGGAGCGACGCGUACGUUACCGUAGGUGAUUAAGGGCGCCCGCGUGUUCGUCUCGUUCGCCGCCAGUCACAGCACGCGUGCACCAGACUUCAGACAUGGACGUCACACUUGGACUUUAGACGUGACAAUGUUCCCGUCUGAACGUUUUCCGACCCUACAUUGUACCGUCGCUCGCCUGUACUCGGGUGCAAUGUGUCGGACCUGAAAACCCGGUUUGCUUUUCACCGUUUACCGCGCGGGGCAACUUAUGCGGCCUCGACCCAAGACUAACGCGACCGGUCCGUUUCCAUACGCUUCUCGGUGUUUCGGUGCACCGCAGACGUUUUCAGACGACUCCAGACCGCAGUGAACUGUGUUUUUACCUUGUCGAUAUCAAUAAAGAAAAACCGAUUGCCUCUCUUAUAAAAUAUGAUUUUCUCGCCGUCGUCCGCGUCGACGAACGCCGUCAUGGAGUCGCCGGUGACCGCGAUCGGCAACAGCCGGGACGCCGACGGUUUCCGCAAGAAGUACGGGCCCAAGUCGACGGACUCGCUGACGUUCUCGAUCGCCCGCAUAAUGGAACCGGACGUCCGGAAACAGCAGCACCACCAGCACCAGCAGCAGCACCAGCAGCACAGGCCGUACGCGCCGACCGCCGACUACUUCCACGCGCUCGAGUCCGCGUUCAAGAAAUACGUGCCGGCGUUCCGGUCGAACCACGGUCAGCCGUGCGGCGCGACGCGCGCCGACGGUCGCGUCGCUCCGGGGCCCGCGGCCGACGGUCACCUGCUACCGUAUCCGGCCACGGCGGCCGCGGUGUGCGGCAAAGGGUUCCGGCAAGCGUCCACACUUUGCCGCCACAAGAUCAUACACACCGAGGAGAAACCACACUCGUGCACCAUCUGCGGCAAAGCGUUCAACCGGAGCUCGACUUUGAACACGCACACACGGAUACACGCCGGCUACAAGCCGUACACAUGCGAGUACUGCGGCAAAGGGUUCCACCAGAAGGGCAACUACAAGAACCACAAGCUCACGCACAGCGUGGAGAAGGCGUACAAGUGUACCGUGUGCCAUAAAGCUUUCCAUCAGGUGUACAACCUGACGUUUCACAUGCACACGCACAACGACAAGAAACCGUUCACGUGCCACGUGUGCGGCAAAGGAUUUUGCCGGAACUUCGACCUGAAGAAACAUUUGCGGAAGCUCCACGACGCCGCUUACCAACAGCAGCCGGUCGCGCCUCUUCAACCCGUGCACGCCGCACCGCCGCCGCCUGAAAUCCGCGGACCGGGGCCGUGCGUAUCCGCGUACCCGACGACCGCGGUGCCUGCGACGUCCCACCGAGCCGCAGCCCUGUUGCAGAACCCGUCACGUUAUUGAGAGCCAUGUAACGUCUCCGACGGGCGCACGUUUGACUCCGAAAACCUCGGCAGACGCGUACGGAAGAUCCGUUCGAUUUUCAUUAAUUUUUUUCCCUCUCUUUCGUAUCUAUUAACCAUGUUAGUGUACCGUUAGGUUGUCUAGGUGUACGUAGCCGCAUUAGGUGUUUUGGUUUUUAACAAUGAUAAUUGCGAUCCGCUAUCGUGGCGCACCCACUCGACAAACACCAUACGGCUUCGGGUGAAAAACGAUGUAUAUGACGUUGCAGACGAUUCGAACGAAUGACAACAAUGGUUUUCGGAAAAACUCCGUGCGCGCUAACAGCGACGACAUAAAUGGACCGUGUGAUCGAUUCGUUCAAACUGAGCACACGAGGUAAAUGGUCUUGUGCUCUAAAUGGGUUAGCCGUAAUACACAGUAGGUCACAUUCUGUGGGCGGUUUUUGGUGUACGUAAUUUUUAGAAAAGGACAACUUUAUGAAAAUGUUUUCUUUAAAAAGCGAAGAACGCAAAAUUGUCCACGUCACAAUCACCCAGAGCCGUGCCGUUAAUAUUUAGCGCCCACGGCAAAAUUAAAAACAUUCGUCCUCUAUUUUAUUUAUCAUUAAUCAUAACGCUUUAUAUUCCUGUUUAAUUUAACUUUUUUUUUUUACUACUUAUUUCGAUCAUUGAUUUGACAAAAAACUAAAGCUGAUUGUAAAUGUAAUUAUUAAACAAAAUAGUUGGUAUUACUAUGUUACAUUGACUAAUUGUUAUUGUUACUCGAACAUAGUCGGAAAUUUCUUCAGAAAAAAUUUGUAAUGAUCCAAAAUAAUUGUAAAAUGAAAUAAUCAUUCUCGUAUAUUUUAUUUAUGUAAAAGUUUAAAAUAUAAAAAAAAAAAAUGUUUGGCCCCCCUUUAAACCAUGCGCCCGUGGCGUAUGCCCCCUAGGCUACCCUCAUGGCACGACUCUGCAAUUACCUCUUGUUUUGUAUAGGUUGUAAAUGGACUUUCCGAGGUUAAGAUUUGUGAAAAGAAAAAAAAUUUUAUGGAUAUUUUUUUUUCAAAUUGCGGACCUAAACUGUACUCCCAUUUUCUUUAUUGAAGUAUGGUAUCAAACCGUCUGCAUUUUAGAUUUAAAUUAAGAAUAGAAGUAUCCCGUUUUCGUUUGAUAACGAAACUUUGGCAAUCCGUUUUGUAUAAUCCUAUUUAGGUACCGAUAAUGGGUGUACGAAGUAUUUCUUGAAUUAUUUAUAAGAACGAUCACGUAUUCAUGUCUAAAUGUUAUAAUACGUUUUUUUUUUUUAUACCGAUAUUUAAAAUUAUACUAUUUUUUUCACGUGUCUUAUGAUAUUUAAAUUCAUUACUAAUAUUUUUAACUUGUAUUAUAUCUUUCUUAUAAGUUUGCCACAAUAUGCUCCAUCCUUUUUCGUAAUUAACUGGUACACAAAAGUAAAACUGGGCAAUAUCGAGUCUAAUGAGUUUCAGUUAAAUGUAAAUGAAUACAUUUUAUAUGUUUUUUACUUGAAUUGACAUAAAAUUAACAUAAUAUUCAUACUACUGUCUUAAUUAAGCUCACGUUAGAUUUCAGUUAAUCAGAAAAUAUUUAUUCUUUUCUCUUUAAGUGGAACAUUAAUUUUUUUUGUAUAUUUAAAUAUUAUUAUAAAAGCAACAAUAUAGAAAUAACAGCAAAUCAUUAUUAA